UCCCGCGGCGCCGUCCGGGGAGCCGGGGGCUGGGCCUGGCGGCUGGACCUGCGCUGGUGGCGCCGUGGCCUCGCGCCAGCCCCGCCGCGCAGCACCAUCUUUGUCCGCGGCCCGUGGCCCGCCUUUGUCCCGCGCCCGUCCCGCCGCUGGCCCGGCCGCCGAGCAGCCCCGCGCCGCGCUGGCGUCGUCCUCGUCCCCUUCGCCGCCCCCCGCGCGUGGCCGGGCCCUGCCCCCCAUGGUGUCCCGGCCCGAGCCCGAGAGCGAGGCCAUGGACGCGGAGCUGGUGGUGGCGCCACCGGGCUGCACGCACCUGAGCAGCUUCAAGGUGGACAACUGGAAGCAGAACCUGCGCGCUAUCUACCAGUGCUUCGUGUGGGGCGGCACGGCCGAGGCCCGCAGGCGCAAGGCCAAGUCCUGCGUCUGCCACGUCUGUGGAGUCCACCUGAGCAGGCUGCACUCCUGCCUCCACUGUGUCUUCUUUGGCUGUUUCACAAAGAAGCACAUUCACGAACAUGCGAAGUCCAAACGGCACAACCUAGCCAUAGAACUGAUGUAUGGAGGCAUCUACUGCUUCCUGUGCCAGGACUACAUCUAUGACAAGGACAUGGAGACCAUCGCCAAGGAGGAGCAGCGGAAAGCUUGGAAACUGCAAGGUGUGGGAGAGAAGUUUUCAACAUGGGAACCCAGCAAGCGGGAGCUCGAGCUGCUGAAACACAACCCCAAACGGCGGAAGAUCACCUCCAACUGCACCAUAGGGCUGCGAGGGCUGAUCAACCUGGGCAACACGUGCUUCAUGAACUGCAUCGUGCAGGCGCUCACGCACACGCCGCUGCUGCGCGACUUCUUCCUCUCAGACCGGCACCGCUGCGAGAUGCAGAGCCCCAGCUCCUGCCUGGUGUGCGAGAUGUCCUCCCUCUUCCAGGAGUUUUACUCGGGGCACCGCUCCCCCCACAUCCCAUACAAACUGCUGCACCUGGUGUGGACGCACGCCCGGCACCUGGCAGGGUACGAGCAGCAGGACGCACACGAGUUCCUCAUAGCCGCCCUGGAUGUGCUGCACCGUCAUUGCAAAGGCGAUGACAAUGGGAAGAAGGCCAGCAACCCCAACCACUGCAACUGCAUCAUCGACCAGAUCUUCACGGGCGGGCUGCAGUCGGACGUCACCUGCCAGGUCUGCCAUGGAGUCUCCACCACAAUAGACCCCUUCUGGGACAUCAGUUUAGAUCUGCCUGGCUCUUCCUCCCCAUUCUGGCCCCUGAGCCCUGGGAGUGAGGGCAGUGUGGUGAACGGGGAAAGUCAUGCGUCUGGAACCACUACGCUGACGGACUGCUUGAGAAGAUUUACCAGACCAGAGCACUUAGGAAGCAGUGCUAAGAUCAAAUGUAGCGGUUGCCAUAGCUAUCAGGAGUCCACUAAACAGCUCACCAUGAAGAAACUGCCAAUCGUCGCCUGUUUUCAUCUCAAACGAUUUGAACACUCAGCCAAACUGCGGCGGAAGAUUACUACAUACGUGUCCUUUCCCCUGGAGCUGGACAUGACCCCGUUCAUGGCGUCCAGCAAAGAGAGCAGGAUGAAUGGACAGUACCAGCAGCCGUCGGACAGUCUCAGUAACGACAACAAGUACUCCUUGUUCGCAGUCGUUAACCACCAGGGGACCCUGGAGAGCGGCCACUACACCAGCUUCAUCCGGCAGCACAAGGACCAGUGGUUCAAGUGUGACGACGCCAUCAUCACCAAGGCCAGCAUCGAGGACGUGCUGGACAGCGAGGGGUACCUGCUGUUCUACCACAAGCAGUUCCUGGAGUACGAAUAGCCUCCCCUCUGCUCGUCAGAGCGCAGGCCAUGAAGUGGCGCCUCACAAAAUGACCCCACCCAGCACCACGGCCCCCCCAUUCCCACAGCUGCGCCCCGGGCGUCGGGGCCUGCAGCCCGGGCCAGGGUGUGGGUGUGGAUGGACAGCGCAUGGGGGGGACCUGGGAGCUGCACAGCAGGACAGCACGACAGAAAGGCGCGCCUGCCUGGGAGGGCAGAGGGGGUGUCACCGCUGUGUCUCCUGCUCCUCCAACAGGGUGUGGGGCACCCCACGCAGGGAGCAGCCUCGCCUCUGCUCAGUGCUGCUGUGUGUGCCGCCUCAGGAGGCGCUAGCCCCCUGGACAGUCAUUCCAGGAGCAUGACCUCGGGGCAUGGAGAAGCCCGCGGCUGGGACUAGGACGGAGGGCCUGGCGGGGUCUGAAUUUCCUGUUAAAUGUGUGCAGAGAGCAGCCCCGACUGCCUGGGGCGCCAGGCCGGCCCUCCGUGCUCCCGGCCAGCCCCUCCUCCCCUCCCUCCCAGCUCUUCCCGCGUGACGGACUUCGUAACUGUGUGUUCGUGACUGGAUGAAUCGAGCUUAUGCUGAAAUUUAGAGUGUCAUUCUCAAGAGUCUUGCUCUUGUGCUGUGUUGUUGCCCCCCCCCCCCCCCCCCAAGCCUGGGUGUCCUGGUGGCCCCUGGCAGGUGUGAGUCAGGCUACAGUAGUAACAGUCUCAUCGUGUUCCUCUUGAGUCAGCGACACAUUUUCCGAUGGUUUCAUUGUUUUCCUUCCUCGUGUUUUCUCCUUGGCUGCCUGUCCCACCGGCCGUCACAGCUCGGUGGCCCUGUUGGGUGAGGGGAGUGCUCACCUUGCUGAGGGCCUGCUUCACGGGGUCAGGGCUGGGUGGGAAGGGCAGCUGCCUGCCUUGUGGGCAGAGCGGUGCGCAGCCUGUCCUGUGCUGCAUGCAUCUGUCUGUCCAGACCCCACCUCAGAGCGUUUGGUCCCUUUCUGAGACCUUGCAGCCCCGAGUCGCGGGGGGGGGGGGGGGGGGGUUGCUUGGAUUUGUUGCUGGAGCAGCCGGUGGGCGUGCCCGAGCUGCGCUGUCCCUCCAGCUGCAGACUAGACUCUCCUGGAGACCAGGGGUAAGUGUGUGGCUCUGUGGCCACAGGUAACAGGUGAGCAGAUGAGACUACUGUGUUCCCACAGAGCUGUAUUGAUGGGCACUGAAACUUGAAUCCAUAUAAUUCACAUCAUGAAGUUGUUUUCACUGUUUAAAAAUGUGUCAGCUACUCUCAGUUGACAGGCCACACAGAAGCAGGCAGUGGGCCCGACUAGCUCGUUGGCUGGGUGAGUGGGCAGGGCAGGUGCUCCCGGAGUUGAGCAGUUAUCCUCACUGUGGAAAAUGCUGGAACAUGCAAGCAGCUGCCCUGCAGAGCCGUCCUACGUGGCGAAAUCCCGAGAGGUGUUCUCUUUCCGUUAUUUUCCACCUCGACCCACGCCUGUCCCCUGGCAGCCCCCACACUGUUGUGUGUCCAUGAGUUUUGUUCUCUCCCUUUUCCUCACUCCCCCCCUUCCAGUGCCCUGCCCCCAUCGCUGUCAGCCUGCUUUCUGUCCAUGAGUCUGUCUCUGUGCUUGUUUGCUCAUUCGAUUUCAGAGUGCGAUGAUGUGGUACUGGUCUCUCUCUGACUGGCUUAUUUCACUUAGCAUGAUACUCUCCAGGUGCCUCCAUGCUGUCUCAAAGGGUAAAAUUUUCUUCCUUUUAAUGAUCAAGUAGUUUCCUUUGUGUGAAUGUUCCGCCGCUGUUUACCCCUCGUCUGCUGAGGGCACUUGGGCUGCUUCCUCAUCUUGGCUGCAGUGAACAUAGGGGCCUCGCGAUGGUUUUAGAAGCACUUGCUCAGCUCGCUCUCAGUUAUGUUUCUGCAUUAAUGGGGCGCCGGCUGUAAAGCAUGCUUUAAAAUAGCAAGUGUUUUCAGGAAGUAGUGGGGGCAGACCUUCAGGAGUGGCUGCCUGUGUCGAAGGUGUGUGCCUGCCGGGGGAGAGGCGUCCUCCAUGAUGAGCGCAGCUGGGCGGCGAGCGGGCUGCGCUGGCGCAGGGUGCUGAGGCCUGAGGUCUCCCUGCCUCUGCUGCUGGGGCCUCCUCGCUGGCUGCAAGCUAUCAAGCAGGGUGGGGAGUUUCUGGAAGAUUAUGUGAUCUGGCCGGCCUGCUCCCCAACCUGUGCUCCCCUCCCCUCCCGCUGUCACUGGUGCUCAGAGGCUCAGCCACCCUGAGGACACGGGACAGGGAGAGCAGUGGGCCCACGCGUGUCUUUUGUGGACAUUAUUUGAAGCGUGUGUCUCCAAGUAAGUUCUCUCUCCCCUUCGCCUUGGGGCUCUGAGCACUUACCCGGCCCUGCCCGCAAGGGCUCCCCUCCUCCUGCCUCCCAGGGGUCUGUGGUAGCGACGAAAUGUUACAUGAAAUGUCCUUGUAAAAGAAGCUCCCAGUCCAGCUAUUAAAUUCAGGAAAACGGUUUUUGUUUCCUAACAACCACUACUACGUAGGUUCCUGUCGUCACCAAGUGUGUCUGACCACCAUGGAGUCAGGUGGCCCCUCCACGCCCAUCAGUGCAUUUAACAACCUGAACUGAGACGCGGCUGCCCCUGUGCGCUUCUCGGGCACAGCGGGCUUUCCCUCUUUAGGGUGCGGAGAGGCUCCCAGCAGUGGGGGUGCUGGGCCGCCGGUCAGGCCAGCUAGGGGCAGCCUGUGGCCCAGGAGCUUUUGUGGUUUGGCUUGGUGUGUGCGCUUUCACUGUGUAAGAUUGCCGGCUGGGGUUUUGUGCGUGUGUUUGUGUUUGCUUGUUUUUUAAUAAUUGAAGUGAUUGGGGCCUGCUAUAAACAAAACACACAUUGUAAGAAAAAGAUCCCAGUGAUCGUGCCGUGGGUUUGUGCCAAGAUGUCUGCGCCUCUUUCACCUGCUGUGUGAGGACUGCGUGGCCCUUCCCUCCCUUCAUGCUUGUAGUCAUUCUAUGUCAUAAUAAAGCAACAUUUUAUUCCGAA